AUGGGUAAAAUUUGGGUAGAGGUUUGCUUGAUCUCUGCCAGAGGACUCCGGCGCACUUCUUCACUUUGGAAGCUUCAAUGGUUUGCUGUUGGUUGGAUUGAUCCAAAGAACAAAUAUUGUACCAAGAUCGAUGCCUCUGGGAAUGCGAAUCCCACAUGGAAAACCAAGUUCGCUACCCUGGUCGACGAUUCGAACUUUCAAGAUAUGGCACUGCAAGUUGAGGUAUACAGCAGAGAGCCCAUUUUUCUGAGAGAAAGACUUGAAGGGACUGCAACUGUGGUCCUGAAAGAAUUCCUGGCAAAGUAUAGCAAGAGCAAUGAGGCCUCAAGGCCAGGAAUUGAAGAAGUAGGGAGCUAUCAGCUACGCAAAAGAAGUUCCAGUAAACCUCAAGGAUUUGUUGACGUUUCAAUUCACAUCUCCCAGGAAAGGGAAGAGCCAAGUUCAUACCCAGAUUCAGGAAAUGGAGGAAUUGUGCUCAUGGACCCCAGGAACAAUAUUAUUAUACCUACUGAAGGGUCAGGGAAAGCCUAUCCAUCAGAACUGCCACUAGCUCCACUCCGACGACCGGAAAAUCAAUCAUCAAAUAUUCCAUACAGCCAUCCAAUGCCAUACCCUGCAAAUUAUUCAAAUCCAUCAGUAGGUGGCCCAAGUUACCCGCCAGCAGCUGGACCAAGCUAUCAACCAUCUCGAACUCCACCACCACCACCUCCACCAUCUAAUGUUGGUUACAUGCCUACUUUUCUUCCAAAUACAGAUUAUAUAAAUAUGCCAUCGUCUGUAGCUGCACCUGGACCCCGAGGUCCAAGACCUGGUUUGGCAAUGGGACUUGGUGCUGGAGCUUUGGCUGCUGGUGCUGUCAUUUUUGGUGAUGACUUUAUGUCAGGAUUUGAUAUUCCUUCUGGCUUACAUGAUCCUACUCUUACAAUAACAACAAAUCCUCCUUUCUGA